UUUAUAGGUCGAUUAUGAGUUGAGUCUCUAUCCAUCGCAUGUCACAAUGAUGAGUUCGAUGUUUAUACCUUAUUUUAAUCCACAAGACCUGUCGGCCAUGCUGCAUUGCGCCGUUUUUAUCUCUCUCGUGUGCUUUACCCUAGCUGCCUCGACAAGUACGAGUAAGACAGUGAAAAAGUACCAUGUGGUCCACGAGGCUGUGGAGGUUAUCAGGAAUCGGCCGGAGUUUCCUUACCGGAUGGUUAUUCGGAAGUUCAACAAGACGAUGCCCGUCAUGGACGCGGAUUUCUGGAUCCUCUCUCCUAAAGUCAACAGCUAUCAGAUGUGGGUAGAGGGAUUUGAGCGGCUAGGUAUGGAUCAUGUCUACACCAAAAGUGCGGUUAGCUUAGCCUUCCCUUUCUGCGAUUUUCUCGCGGGAAAAUUUAUUUUCAACCGAGGUUUUAAAGACUUCGGCACUCUCCCAACAUCGUGUCCUUUCAAACCGGGAAACUAUUCACUUCGGAAUUGGAUCAUCGAGGAUAAAUACUUACCUCCAUUAAUACCGGGAAAAUAUUGGCGGCUCGACUUUUACCUUGGACCCGUUGGAACUCCUAUUCACUCUGAUGGCACUGGAAAAUUCUCCUACUACUGUAAAAUCGUAUAUGAGUGAUCGCAUUUUGCCUUACUUUCAUAUUUUGCUCACAACUUUAAUGUAAACAAAUUUCAAAUUCUACACAUACUGAUACACAUCUGAUAUCGUACCAGAGUCGUGUAGAGGGUAAGUUAGCCGGUUAGAUAGGGACAAUCCAUAAAAAAAAUCGUACAACCGCUAUACUCAUCCCUGUUUAAAGUGUAAUAAAACUUUGAAUUUGGUCCAGUAAAA